AUUUAAUGUCAAAUUUUUAAUUGUUAUAUUAAUUAUAAUUGAAUAGCAAUAAUGCCAUUCGACGCGACUGGGUUUGCUAAGGAUUUCAUUGCCGGCGGUGUGUCUGCGGCCGUCUCGAAGACAGCGGUGGCGCCCAUCGAGAGAGUGAAACUCCUUCUUCAGGUGCAACACGCGUCCAAACAGAUCGAAGAAAGCAAGAGAUAUAAAGGUAUUAUCGAUGCGUUUGUGCGGAUCCCCAAAGAACAGGGAGCCAUCGCCUACUGGAGGGGAAAUCUGGCGAAUGUUAUCCGAUAUUUCCCGACUCAAGCGCUGAACUUUGCCUUCAAAGACAAGUAUAAACAAGUGUUUUUGGGCGGAGUCGACAAAAAGACACAGUUUUGGCGAUACUUUUUGGGAAACUUGGCCUCCGGUGGAGCCGCCGGUGCGACGUCUCUAUGCUUUGUGUAUCCGUUAGACUUCGCCCGAACCCGAUUGGGCGCUGAUGUCGGCAGAAGUGGUGCUGAGCGACAGUUCAAGGGUUUGGGCGACUGUUUGGUGAAAGUAUUCAAAUCCGAUGGAAUCAUUGGACUUUACCGGGGAUUCAAUGUCUCGGUUCAGGGUAUAAUCAUCUACAGAGCGGCGUAUUUCGGAUUCUUCGAUACGGCUAAGGGUAUGCUUCCGGACCCGAAGAACACACCACUAGUGAUCUCAUGGAUGAUCGCGCAGUGCGUGACGACAGUGUCGGGCAUAAUCUCGUACCCGUUUGACACUGUGAGGCGGCGAAUGAUGAUGCAGUCGGGCGUCGCUAAGAAUGAGCGCAUGUAUAAGAAUACGAUCCACUGUUGGGGCAAAAUCGCCAAAACCGAGGGCUCGAAGGCCUUCUUUAAGGGCGCCCUCUCUAACGUAUUCCGAGGCACUGGCGGUGCGUUUGUCCUCAUUUAUUGCAAAUUNGGCAAAAUCGCCAAAACCGAGGGCUCGAAGGCCUUCUUUAAGGGCGCCCUCUCUAACGUAUUCCGAGGCACUGGCGGUGCGUUUGUCCUCGUUUUGUACGAUGAGAUCAAAGGACUUUUAGGA